CAACCAUGCCUCCCGUGCCCGUGCACAUCAACGAUCCAAUAACCCCUUCGAAGACGAAUGCGACAUCUGCAUCAGGGCUCCCCGCAGACAACUCCGCGACCACGACACAAGCACAGCAGCAUUCACCGUACCCAGCAGCUAGACCAGGCGCGCCCGCGGCACCAGCUCCAACACCAUACAUUCCACAACCACAGGCUCUACCACAGCCUACGCGAACCACACCAGCGACCGACUAUGGACCACCGGCACCACAACCAGGCGCAGUGCCAGUCCCACCCUCUCAGCAAGCUCCGAUGACGGCGACCGCGACGAGCACCCUCCCACCACCUCCCAAAGCCGGCGAAGUGACGACAAUGCCUCCACAAAUGGCCAUACCGUCACCUCAAGUGAACCACGCUUCGACCUACAGCACGACAGCAGCUGGGCCGACCACGCUAAACUUCGGCGCCGCCGCAGCGCCGCAGCAGAUCCAAGCUGGCUCCGGUCCUCCAGGGUACCAGCAGAAUGUGCACGCGCAAGAGUUGACGCCCGCGGCGAGAGCGAGUUUGGAGCAAGAGCAGAGCAGACCGAGCAUGGCCACGAAUUUGGGACUGAGUGAUAGCACGAAUGAGACUGCAGGCAACGUGUGGAACACUGUAAAGGGCUGGGCUUCUUCUGCGGGCACCACGCUGGCUGAGACCGAGAAGGAGGUUUGGAAGAGGAUCAAUCGCGAAUCAUGA